GGAGUUACUCUUGCAUUUACUUUCAGUCUGGAUGCUGCUGCCGUCGCUGCUCCAAUCCACUUGGAUGUCCCUCUUCAUGAAGGAGAGUUUUAUCUUUCCCACUUGAUCGUGCACUUAUUUUGGAGACCCGAAAGCAACUUUAAAGAGUUUACACACAUUUUAAUCUAAACAACGGAGAGGCGAGAAGGGGUGAUCCUUGCCUUGGUCGGUGGAAAGCAUGAAGUUCCUGGAGGCUGCGCGCGUUUCGGUUCUGCUGUUGGUGCUGCUGUUGGGAAAUCACCGCGCAGUGCAGGGGAAAGCGGCUCGGCUGGAGCGCUGGGUGAAGGCUGGACUGCAGUACCUGAAGGUGCACCUGUGCCGCAGGGUGGCUUUACCGGAGAGCGAGUGCCGCAGACUCGCUCAUCUCCAUCCUAGCGGAAUAGCGGUGUAUACUUCAGAGUCUGGAUCUGAUAAAGUGCUCGCCAUCCUGCCCGACUCGCAUCCCGCAUUUAAAGCGAAUCACAACGCGGGCGCUCUCACGGCAGAGCGCGGGCUGGAGCUGGAGCGGGAGCGCUUCACCGACAUGAGCGCGCAUGACGCCGUGCUCGUCCUGGACCCGAGUCCCGGAGAGAGCUUCGGCCAUCCUGUACUGCUCUUCUACUUGGACUUUAACGUGGCCAAGAAAAAGUGUGCCCACAUGGAGGGGAUUUAUCUGGGAGAGGAGUGUAUGACAUUGGCUCUGAAGACUCGCUGUCAGAACCAGCUGAAGCGGAGAAGGAGCCGCAGCGACCGUACUAUAGACCGUACACAGAUUCGGAAGAGUGCAAUGUCCAGAGCAAGCCAUGCAGAGCGUAGCAGUGGCCUCUGUGAGAUCCACUUCCUGCCCCGAGUGGUCGGAGUGAGGGACAGCAACCAAACGCAGCGCCUCCGCUGUGUGGAUCAUCCAGAGUUUGCGAGAUGCCCACAGCCUUUGCCCCUCAGUAGUCCAAGUGUGCCCAUUUCUAGCUGUGAGCUCAAUAAGAACACCCGUCGAUGCCACCAGCAGCCUCUCGCCACACAUCACUCCUGUCGCCUCUACCAGACCUGUGACCACGCAGUACUGCUCUCAGGUGGUUGGCAGGAACAGAUCACCUAUCAGCACCAUGAGCAGAAUCUGCUGCUCUUCUACCAGAUGCUAAGAGACAAUGGGUUUCAUAAGGAUCACAUUAAAACAUUCUUUGCUGGAAAUGGACAGGUAGCAGAUAAAGAGGCAGAGGGAAUGUAUCCAGCCACAGAAAAGGAGUUAAUCAGGAACCACAUCUCCUACAUCUGUCGCAAGCAGCACUGUGCCGACACAUUCGUCCUGUACCUGAACAGCCCGACCCGCAACGACGGAACCAUGCUGCUGUGGGACCGCAACAACAACGGCAUUGCAGAUCUAAAGGAGCGCUAUGCAGUAGGUGAGCUGCUGGCUGACCUUGCAGGCUGCAGGGCAAGUCGAGUGCUGCUCUUUGUGGAACAGAGCUACACCGGAGUUCUCACUAAGAGACUAAAGGGCUCUCUUAAACAUCUUAAUGUGGUGCUGCUCAACAACGUACCCUGGGUGAACACAGCUCAGUACUGGGCUUCACUGCGCCCAUCCCACUGUCUCAUCGACCACCUCAGUAAGAAUGCUGUAAUGCCUCAUGUGGGUGAUGGGAUAAGCCUGCUCAACGUAACUCUGUCUGGAGCUCCCUGUAACUCCACACCACCUCUUUCAGAGGCUGAGAUGAGGAAGGAAUACAUGGGCUGUCAGAACCUGCCUACAGCACUGUGGCACCAGGGCCGGCGAAAGUCUCACAACAGCGAGAGGAACUGAGAGUCAAUGCUUAUUCUUCCAGUGCAACAUCACCUUCACUACCAGGAUCUAAUCUCAGCUAGAGAAUGCUAGAGAUGUCUUUUUGGUCAUCUUAGUUCUUUACUACGGCUUUUGGUUGUAACACUAGAUUCAGGCAGCUGCCUUAGGAUGCUGUUAGACAAGACAAAAAAUGUAUGUAUAAAUUAGUUGUUCAGGUCAAAAUGUCAUUAGCUGGAUCCAGUCUAUCCAGAAGGCAUGAACCUGGUAAGAUGACUGAACAAAAACAGGCUGUUGUGAAGGCAACAGGAGUACAUAUGGUACAUAAGAGAAAAUGUCCUCAUGCUGAACCUCAGCCCUCCAUCUGCAGCAGGAGACAGCAUCCCAGUGUUUGGUUCCUCCAGUAUUUUUGUCUACCCACUGUGGGGGUUCAUCCGGCGGGCAGCUGUGCUCUUGCGUCUUUCCACAUUCAGGGCGUCCUGUCAUGGGUCAGUGCACACGUCACAUCCUGGAGAUGAACCAUGGUGACUAUGCCAGUCUGCUGUUUCAGGACAAAUCCAUGUUUCCCUUGCAGACCUUAGGCAUUGCCACCAUCUCUCUUUCAAAAGAUUGCUUGUUAACUGUUUUUUCACCAGUCUGACCUGUAUCAGCGUUGGCCUUAAGGUGACCGAACAUAUACUAGAGAAAAACAUACAGGUGUUUCACAGGUCUCUGCUGGAAUUUAAGUACAAAUCAU